AUGAAUCGCGAUAAGGUUAAGAAAGGCGACUUCCUAAAGAAACGGAGGGAAGAAGAAGAUAAAAAGAAAAAGAGCAAUGACGAAAGCGAGAGCAAAGAUACUGAGAGGAAGAAAGGCGAGAAGAAGAAAAAGGACAAACCGUCUUCUCCCGAUGUUGAAAUUCUGACCGAGUCAGUCGGAGAAAGGUCAUCGUCACCCACAACGUCAAAGAAAUUCGUGAUCGAAUCGGCCACAUCGAGGUCAAAGUCAAAGGUCACUGAGCCUGAACCACUACCAUCCAAGGGAAAGGUCAUAGCUGUCAAACAAGUCGUCCCGGUCGUCAUCUCGGCAUCCACUCCCAAAGAACGUAGGGAAAAAGGAAAGCGCGAGAAAGCAAAACGAGAGACGUCCCGCGAAUUGGAAGCGUCAGAAGUGAGUCUACCGAGCACUUCAACGGUUAGCGCCAGGUCACAACCGGAACCGAAAACGGCCCGCUCCAGAAGCCUAGCGGAGGCUUUGGACAAAGCGAAAAAAGCAAAGAGCGAACCGGCAAAAUCGAAAAAGAAGGAGAAAGAGGCCAUAAAAAUAGAUGCACUGGCGAUGGCCACCUACACCGCACCUGACGGCGAAAGCGAGCUCGAUUUCUCGGGAGAUGAACUGGAAUUCGAUGAACCGGAUAAUGACAACUUGUCUACGGUAGAUGAAAUCGUUGCAGCGUUCGACGGCGCUGAGAAAAAUUUUACGCGGACCAGGACGGCACCGGUUACAGGGAAAUUUAGAACGGGCCUAAAUAACUAUUUGAAAGGGAUACGCCGUAGUUUCACCAAACAGAAAUUCGAUGUGGUACUGGAGUAUGCGCGGAACGCGGGAAAACUCAUCCAGAGACAUCCGAACUUCGCAUAUAGGGCUAAGCUCUUCCGACCAGCGAGUUCAGACAAGGCGCUGACAACUCCAAAUGAAGACACCCAGAUGCGCGUGGAAAGGGCAAUUGCGGGGAUGACGAGCCCGUUGGGAUCAACGAGUCACCGCAUUAGCCAAUACAUUAAUGCUGUUUGGAAUGACGGGAAAGGAAUGAUAAGGGAAGUCGACACGGCCACCGAGCGUGUAUUGCCGCGGAUGAUCCGACAGAACAUCCUUUCGACAACGAACGCACACAAAGGAUUACCGAUCCGAUAUACGCGGGUUGGUCUGAUACCACCAGAAAGGCAGACCUACUGUUACAUGUCCGACAGCCAGGACAUGGAAAAAGUCGUCGCUCCAUUGAGUGGAGACCCGUCGACUCCUAUACUGAACCAAAUUGCACAGAAGACGGCUGAAGAAGAAGCGGCUCGGAAAAAGGCUCAGACUUCGCGAACGUCGAAAAGGAGGGGGCCAAUGGAUGAAGAAUCGGAAGAGAGUGGUGAUGACGAUACGACGCAGACGCCUCUGGAACCGGCGACAGAAAAGGAUGCCGAAUUAAAAGGUCAAGACACAUCUGCGAACGCGGCGAAAGGUCAUGAGACUCUGCAAGAAGGGGCAAAAGAAAAGGUCAUGCUCCCAAUGGAGAAAGCGGCGGCGGAAGCAGAAGCAGCAGCAGCAUCCGCACGUCAAGUGUUUCAAAGGUCAUUGUUUACACCAUUAAAGGAAGUAUUUGAGAAGGAGCGAUCGAAGUCGGCCGGCGAUGUGGGAGGCCAAGAGACUUUGUUGCAAGACGAGAAGAAGACAUCAGAGCCAAAAUCGGCGGGGUCAUCAUCAGGAUCAUUGGCAAAGCUGAGGAUCGACGAGGCAGCGAUAACUGACCCAACAGACUCGGCAGAAUCCCCCCAGAAGACGGGAACCAAGGAGGCGACAGAUUACUCGCUCGGAGCACCGUUAGACGUAACUAACCGGACAUGGAACGAAGUCCAAGCUGCGCUCCAGAUUGUUCGAGAAAAAGAAAUGCUUGGUACCGAUCUGAAAAGACAAGUCGCAAUAAACUCGAACGGAAGAUCGUCACUAAAUAUGACCGAACGAGUCCUGAAACGAGCAUAUAAGGAAGGAAAGUUGGGAUGCAAAUACAACAAGGAUAACAAAGUCAUCUAUUACCUCCCGAAACAGGGCACGGAACGUACGCCCAGACUGAAAAUGGAAUUGGAGGCUUGGAAGAUAGCCAUUACAGAUGUGGCUUUGGACGCCAUUGGCGGCACCAACGGAGCGUCAUGGGGUGACCUCUCAAAUUUCAUGGCUGUCCAUUAUGAGUUGGGAGAAUUGAACAUGGAAAACGAUAAAGAAUGGAUCAAGAAUGCCGUGGAAGCAUUGAUUGCAGAUGACGGGCUCCAUAUUAAACAGGACGGCCGAGUUGACUUUAAGCCAUAUCAACCGCCGGCGAAAGAGUCAGAAUAA